AUGCGCAUUCUGAGCCGCUCCGAUUUCCCAACAUCUGGAGAGCACCUUGCGUAUCAGCGGGACGACUUUUGGGGCGAAUCGUCGCUGCAGCACGCGCCGUUCGUCGCGGAGCGCGGUCUCGACCUGCUGGCGCUCCGCGAGCCGAUGCGGUUGUACACUGGUAGUGUCAGCGAGGCCGCACAGGCCUUCCCCGCCAAUGUGAACGUCGCGGCUGCCGUUGCGCUUGCCGGCAUCGGUCCGAUGCGCACGCAAUAUGAGCUUUGGGCCGACCCCACAGUCAAGCGCAACACGCAUAGCAUGCGCGUCGACGCGGCUGAGAGCACCUUCGAGGUCAACGUGGCAGGGGUGCCUUCGAAGACUAAUCCGGCUACGGGCGCGCUCACCCCACUCUCUACGAUCGCGACACUUAGGGGGCUCGUGUCGCCAUUUCGGGUCGGCACGUGA